AUGGAAUUGGUAGCCAUAAUUCUUUGGAACCUUUGGCUUAACCGAAAUGGUGCUCUAUUCGACGGUUCAUAUCGUGAUCUGCUCAGUCUAGUCUUCCUCUCUAUCAAUUACUUACAGAGGUACCAAGAAGCCACCACAUCUCCACACACUCCAAUCCGCACUGCCACUGCUCAAUUUCACUGGAAUAAGCCCCCUGCAGGUUUCCUUAAGGCCAACUUCGAUGGUGCAGUUUUCUCCGAAUAUGGCUGCUCCGGUGUUGGAGUUGUUGUGCGGGAUGAGUGGGGCAAUUUUGUUGCAGGUACCUCUCACAAAAUCUUCGGUAUCUUCUCCCCUGAGGUCAUUGAAGCUUAUGCUGCAAAGACUGCAAUUUCCUUACUGCUUCAGUGGAAGGUGCCCAAGAUUAUUUUGAAGGGCGACUCUCUGAAGAUCAUUAACAUGAUUAAGCUUAUGGAAUCUGAUGACUCAACCUACGGGGUGCUGUUAGACGAUAUCUUUCUUAGUUUACAGAAUUUCGCUGCAUGGGAAGCUAAUUGGGUCCCCAGGCAGGCAAAUGUGCCUGCCCACUUAUUAGCUAAGAAUGCUAGGUCUAUUUCAGAUAUUUGUAGUUGGAGUUCUUCUCCACCACCUUUUCUUUCUUCCGCAAUUUUGGCGGACUUAUCCUCACCUUAA